AGGCUGAGUGUGAGUCAAGACACGUCAGCUUAGGGUAGAAAGAAAGGCUCGAGCCCCUCCCUUUCCAGAACAGAAGCUUGCAAGGAUGAGUGGACUUCCUCCUGCCAGCUCGGAGAAAACAAGAGUGACUCACAGAAGCAAACAUCCAGGGCUCUCGUAUGUGCAGAGGUCCAAAGUCAUCCGAAGAAGGAAGAAGGAAACCAGCCAGAGAGUGGAUGAAGAGCUGGGAGACCCAUGCAAAUGAGGCUGGCCCCAGUGACCUGGAGGCCAGCACAGAUGUGGGGAAACCAAAGCACCUGCUUGCAGCCUGUGCUGAGAGAGGAGAAGGCUGGCCACAGCUGGACAUCCCCGGUGAGGCUCCCUGCAUGUGAUUUGGAAGAUGACUGAGCCACAGGGCCAGGAGCUCACAGCCGAGUGUCCUGUCUGCUGGAACCCCUUCAACAACACGUUCCACACCCCUAAAGUACUAGACUGCUGUCACUCCUUCUGCGUGGAAUGCCUGGCCCACCUCAGCAUGGUGACCCCGACCAGGCGCCGCUUGCUCUGCCCACUCUGUCGCCAGCCCACCGUGCUGGCUUCGGGGCAACCGGUCACUGACUUGCCUACAGACACUGCCAUGCUGACCUUGCUUCGCCUAGAGCCCCACCAUGUCAUCCUUGAGGGCCACCAACUCUGUCUCAAGGACCAGCCCAAGAGCCGUUACUUCCUGCGUCAGCCUCGCGUCUACACCCUGGACCUUGGCCCUGAGUCUGGGAGUCAGACUGGGCCUCCUCAGGACACAGCCCCUGACACCAGGCCUGUGCCCAUCUCCAUCCCCAGCCACUACACCCUGAGAGAGUGUGUCCGCAACCCUCACUUCCGGAUCUUUGCCUACUUGAUGGCUGUCAUCCUCAGUGUCACCUUGCUUCUCAUCCUCUCCAUCUUCUGGACUAAGCAGUUCUUUUGGGGCAUGGGGUGAGCACUCUGUGGUCUAGGACAAGGAACGGAGCCUUUCUCAGUGGUUGCUGGAAUGCGGACUACAGAGCUGCCUUUGGUGUUGUCUUCUUCUAUAGUAUUGUUCAUUUCGCAGCCCAGGGAUGGGUUAGGUCCUGUGUGUCUGCUUUGGAGAAGGAGAUGGCCAGGCAGGAAGAAAAGAGUUGAAGGGUCAGAGACCCUAUUGUGAGCUGUGAG